AUUUUGGGUACCUUUUGGGAAUCGCUUUUGUGACCGCCCCCACUCGAGAAGUAGAAGAAACAAGAACAAAGGAUCUCUGUCCUCUCUGCUUUUCCCUCCGUCGCACCACUCACUCCUCCACCGCCAGCCACCCAGCCAUGUCUCAGGUUGAUAGCAGAAAUUCUUCAGCUGUUAAGCGUGCCAGGACUGAUGGUAGUCGCAGGGAAGAUGAUUGGACAUGUCCCAGCUGUGGUAAUGUCAAUUUCUCUUUUAGGACAACCUGCAAUAUGCGUAACUGCACCCAACCGAGGCCCGCUGAUCAUAAUUCGAAACCUGCUGUCAAGCCUCUACAAGCUCCACAGGCCUACUCAGCAGCAGCUCCUUAUUUAGGCGCCAAUCCUCCCCCCUCAAUAUAUCUUGGUGUCCCACCAUACGGUCCGUCUUUAUUCAAUGGAUCACCUGUUCCUCCUCCCUAUGAGGUUCCAUUUUCUGGAGGAUCAGCCUAUCACUACAAUUAUGGAGGUCGUCUUUCUGCUGGCAGUCCGUAUAGACCAUUGCAUCUAUCAGCACCAGUACCAUACACAAGUGGAUCCAUGGUGGGAAACGGUGGGAUCUAUGCCAUGCCCCAGCUAUUGGAUCGCUAUGGCCUCGGUGUCCCUAUUGGACCUGGAGCAAUGCAGGGCACUAGGCCAGGAUUUUUUCGCGAUGACAAGUCUCAGAAAAAGGGAGCCGAUUCAACUCGUGACAAUGAUUGGGCAUGUCCAAAAUGUGGCAACGUCAAUUUCUCAUUUAGAACUGUUUGUAACAUGAGAAAGUGCAACACUCCCAAACCUGGGUCUCAGGCCUCAAAGUCUGACAAGAACUCUAAGCAAAAGAUGCCCGAGGGAAGCUGGAAGUGUGAAAAAUGUAAUAACAUAAAUUACCCGUUCCGAACAAAGUGCAACAGACAGAACUGUGGUGCUGACAAGCCAGCUGAUUCGGAAAAAUCUCCCUCAUCAUCUCCAGAUCAAAAUGAUCAGUGAGUACUAGGACAUGUUUGAGGGUUGAGAAGGUCCAGAGUUGUCAUCCAGCAUUGCUCAAUUUGGGUGUCUGACAGUCAGUCUUGUCGUCCUCUAUGUAGAAGAAGUUGUCAAGUCACCCACCUUCUCAUUAUCUGUGUCAAUUUGUUGUAUUAACUGAGAUGGUAUUUUGGUCUUUGUGGAUUGUUAUGAUGCACGUGUCAGCCAGCUUUCCUGGCUGAAAGGUUGUUGCAGGUUCCAGUUUUAAGUUACAUUUUUGUUACUUUCAAAAAACAAAGUUUUCUUUGUUCUGAACUGUCUGCAUUUUAAGUAUAACUUUAGAGGAAUAGAUGCCAUAAGCAUUUGAAGAUUCCAAUUAUUUUUAGUUUA